AUGAGUGCGCCAGAUGCGUGUGUGCCGUAUGGGGACAUGAGCAACAGGGGCGAAACUGUCGAUUACGCAGGCAAAUUCUUCUACGGAUGGGUUGACGCGGAGCUGCUUGAUGGCGCUUCCAGCGAAAGUGAGGUCAUGGAUGAGGAAAUCAAACGCCAGAAAUCAUGCCACAGACUGUUAUUGGAGAGGGCACCAGUCAGCGACCUUCUCGCCCACGGAAUUGCGGUGCUGCUGAUGCCACUCCUCGGCCCGGCCUUGGCGCAGUUUCGGCCGUUGAAAGUGGUUGAUGCCGCAUUGGCGUGUCUGAUGUACAGUCUGGUGAGGACAGCGAGCUAUCUCAAGCAACUUGGUACUGUGCAUAGAGAUGUGACGCUGGACAACAUAGCGGUCGAUGAGAGCGGCCAGCCGUCUCUGGUCGACUUCGGUUUUGCCACCAGAAGGGGAGUGCUGUCGCUGUGCUCCAGGUGGAUUACAUCAGAGUACAUCAGUCCUGAAAGGGUAUGGUGUAUCGUCAGUGGCGAGACUCACCUGGUCGUGUCCGAGACGCUUGACAGUUGGGCUCUGGGCAUUACACUCUUUAGGCUGAUCUGCCACCCGCAUGGGCCAAUUCCAUACGACGUCGUCGAGGAUUUGGAUCCCGCCGUGGACAAAUACAGUCACCGAUUACUCCGCGCCCUCAAAUAA